AUGUUUGCCCGGAACCCUGUCCUCAACCAGUCCGGCCCCGCUGAGUUUGUGUUCCGUGUGUUCUCCACAGUCCCAGAAAUUCAAGCCCUCCUCUUCCUUCUUUUCCUCCUCCUCUAUUUGAUGAUCCUUUGCGGCAACACAGCCAUCAUCUGGGUGGUGUGCACGCUGAGAUCCCUCCACACCCCAAUGUAUUUCUUCCUGUCCAACUUGUCCUUCAUAGAGAUCUGCUACACCACCGUCGUGGUGCCCCUGAUGCUCUCCAACAUUUUUGGGGCCCAGAAGCCCAUUCCCCUGGCUGGCUGUGCGGCCCAAAUGUUCUUUUUUCUCAUGCUUGGAGGUGCUGACUGCUUUCUCUUGGCGGUUAUGGCUUAUGACCGCUACGUGGCCAUCUGCCACCCCCUGCACUACACCCUUGUCAUGACCCGGAAGCUAUGUGUCCAGAUGGUGGUUGGUGCCAUGGCCCUGGCACUCUUCCUCUCCUUGCAGCUCACGGUCUUAAUCUUCACGUUGCCCUUCUGUGGGCAUCUCCGGGAAAUCAACCACUUCCUCUGUGACGUUCCUCCAGUCCUGCGCCUGGCCUGUGCUGAUACCCAUGUGCACCAGGCUGUCCUCUAUGUGGUCGGCAUCCUUGUGCUGACCAUCCCCUUCAUCCUUAUCUCAGUGUCCUACUCGUUCAUCACACUGACCAUCCUACGCAUCCGUUCCACUGAAGGCCGCCGCCGGGCCUUCUCCACCUGUUCCUCCCACCUUAUGGUGGUCUUGCUGCAGUAUGGCUGUUGUGCCCUGGUCUACCUGCGUCCCCAGUCCAGCUCCUCAGUGGAUGAGGAUCGUCAAUUUGCCCUUGUUUACACAUUUAUCACCCCCUUACUCAACCCUCUGAUCUACACCCUUAGGAACAAAGAUGUCAAAGGUGGUCUGAGGAAGGCCAUUGGAAGCAAAGGAACAGCUGAAGUUCUCUGA